CAGUAUAGUCGUGGGCGCCGUGGGAUACAUGUUACGGCGUGUAAUUCAUUAGAACAGUCGUGUUCGGUGGUGUCGAACGUGUUGGUCGGUGUUGAAGGUGGAAGAAGGGGUGUAUCAUAUGAAAUAAACGUGUAGCAAUGGAAGCAAUUGUUGAAGAACCAGUUGUUGUAAAAAUCUACCCAGGACUGAAGGAAACACCAGAAUUCCGCGAGGCUAUUGACUCCCGCAGUAAAACUGUAGAAGAUAUCUUGGAGACACUCAAGAAUGGUACUGUGCUAUGGAAAGUACGUUCAUUAUCCAAGUGGUACCGCCGGAAAUACAUAUUGGACCACAAGAAUGGAACCUUGCGUUAUGAGCCCUCACACAAGCCGCCUUGCUACAAGACCAGUACUGAGAUUCUUGUGGAUGAUAUCGUGGAUGUGCGCAAGGGAUGGAAGACGGACACGUUCAAUAAAAUUGAACGGACCAUAAGCAAGAAGCACAAGAAGUCACCAGGCCAGAAGCACACAAUAGAUGAGGCAGUGUGCUUCUCUUUGGUUCAUGGGCGUAACAAGCAGAGCCUGGAUUUGGUGGCUCCAAAUGCAGAGGUGGCAGACGUGUGGGUUCGAGGCCUGCGCCACCUUAUCACAGUGUUGAGUGGCUUGCAGCAGGAGGAACGGUUUGAAAGGUGGCUCAAGUUACAAUUCCAAGAGGCUGAUAUUGACAGGAAUGGAAGCCUGAAUUAUGAGGAGUGCUUAACACUGCUGAAACAGCUGAACGUGAAGCUGCCAAAACCCACUGUGAAGCGGAUGUUUGAUAAUGCAAACACGAACAGGAACUUGAGAAAUAGGGAACAGGUUCUGGAUGCCGAGGAAUUUGUGACAUUUUACAUGAAUCUGAUGUCUCGAGCAGAAGUAAAGGAAUUGUUCACGAGGUACUCGAAGGAUGGUAAGGAGAUGGACGCCAAGGAGCUGUGUGAGUUCAUUCAGAAGGAACAAAACUGCAAGAACUUCACAGUGGAACAGUGUAACACUCUCAUAGAGACGUUCGAACAGUCUCAGUUGAAAGACACUGGAAGGAUCUCUCUCAUCG